CCACGUUUUAAUUUUAAUAUCAAAAUGGCGUCUUGUUUGUUGAGGUCAAGUUUGAGGCUGUCUUCUUUCUCCACUCUAAGAGUUGCUGUUAUGUCUAGACAGGCAGUGGUAAACACUAGCCUUCAGUCAACUUCAAUCAUAUGCUGCAGAAAAAGUGGUACGAUGGCUAAUGGUGACUUUUUUGAGCGAAACAAGGAGCUCAAUCGCCCAAUCUCACCUCACCUCUCCAUAUUAUUAUCAAAUCCUCAGCUACCUGCUAUGCUUUCCAUAUCUCACAGAAUAACUGGAGUUAUUCUCUCCUUUGAUUUAUGGGCCACUACAUUGGCUUGGUUGAGCAGUGGUAAGAGUUUCCCACAGUUCAUUACUGCAAUACAAGAGCUCUCAGUUCAUCCUUACCUCAUCUUUGGCUGCAAGACUGGACUUGCCUUUGCCUUUACUUAUCAUUUUUUCAAUAGCUUUCGGCAUUUUAUGUGGGAUUCAGGUAAAGGCUUUCAAAUGUCAACUGUCUAUCGGACUGGGUACCUGGUUUUGAUAGCUGCCUCUUUGUCUGCUAUUGGGCUUGCACUAUACACACCAAAACUAUGACACUAUUAAUAUACAAUGUACUAUGCAAUAAUGGUUUAAUCAAACAUAUAUAACUUCAUGUAGAGAGAUUAUAAUUAGUUGUUAUUGUUAAAGUUCUUUUCUACGUGCUCUAAUAUUGCCCCCACAUGAAA